CAACGCCGUCAAAACAUAUGAUCAUUUACAGCUGACUGCUGACUGUUUUGUUUUGAUUAAGAAAAGUUAAACUUGAGCAAGUCUGACUUGCUUGUAUUUGCUUUAUUUCGAUAAUUCAAUCAGUAAAUUUUUAUCUCCCCUUUCUACGGUUUUAAUUUUAGAUAAGCCUAUAAUUAUUUUAAGUAUUCUCGGCUAUUAUUUAGCUUAAUUUCGUUCCGCAGUGUUUCAAAAUGGUCCUAGCUUGGUACAUGGAUAACGAAGACUAUGAUAAGAGAGAAGAACAUCAUAGAUACCCGCCAGAAUAUGUUUCUCUGGCAGAUUUAUUUGCUUCAACUGGUGUUGAAUAUUUCCAGUUGAACCUGGAAACUCUAGAAGAAGAUGGAAUCUUAGAUAAGAUAAAAAAGCAAAGAGGAUACACUUAUGAAGAUCAAGUUACGAUGGCACCUCCUCCUGAUAAUAUGUCGCAAUUUGAAGAAAAGCUGAACAUUUUUUACACUGAGCAUCUGCAUACAGAUGAAGAAAUUCGGCUGUGUAUAGAUGGAUCUGGUUAUUUUGACGUGCGGGAUCCAAAUGAUCAAUGGAUCAGAGUUAGGGUUACUCCUGGAGAUUUACUUAUUGUACCAGCAGGAAUUUACCACCGAUUCACUUUGGAUACCAAGAACUUUAUUGUUGCCAAACGAUUCUUUGUUGGAGAGCCGGUUUGGACUCCCCAUAACCGACCCGCAGACGAUAUGGAUGCUCGAAAAAAAUAUGUUGAAAAACUAACCGAGGGUAAAUUCGUCCAAAUUCGCUGAUACUUACUAUUUUAUAGAUUUAAUUUUUCAAUUAUGUCUAUUGUAAUGUUAACAGCGUUUUCCUUCAAACUUUACUUAUUAAUAUACAUGGUAAAUAUUACAAGCAGUUAGCAACGAUUCGUGCUAACGCUGUGAUUCUGGUGUUAAAAAAUGCUGCCGUGCGAAAUGUGACCUUAAACGUAAAUGCAUGUGCCCGUUUUGAGAAGAUGUAAAUGUUUUUUGACUAUUGCAAUAUAAUUUAUAAUACCCAGCAGCAGUGGCAGCUUUUGUCAAUUUAUGGUCAACGCUAUGAGUAUAUUCGAUUAUUGAAUACGUUUUCAACUAUACAUAUUUUUCAUUUGGUCUAAUCUAUAAUACUGAUAAGAGAAACACUUUGUUCAUCAAACCUUGCGAAAGUUGACUUUCCAUUACUUAAUAAAACGCUUUAUGUAAAGCUAAUAUGAAAACAGCGGAUGUCGGGUUAAAUCUCAAAAUAUAUUGAACAAAAGUUAAAGGUUUUUAAAUUUUAGACAUCAGGUGACAAAAAUAUAUCAGAUAUAUUGAUCGGGCAGUCAACCAGUGAAAGCGCUGUCGGCUUAUCAAAAAACAAACCCAUAGAAAAUAAUUUAUUUAAAAAAGUCGCAUAUGUAAAAAAUACCGUUCCGGAGUGUAAAAUAAUACUACAAACCCAUUGAAUAAUUCUCUUGUCGAUAAUAUGGAAACAGUUGGUAGAAAUAAAUGAUGGUGAGAUAUUUAAAGGUCUAUACCUCUGUCUACUAUAGUAGGUAGCCGUAAACAUUUUCUUUAAUUAGGCAUAGUUAAUACUAAAAAAUAUAAAUAACUAACAUUAAUUGAGUUUAGAUAUUGUUAUUAUGCUUCUAUAAAGUUUUGUUAUGUU